CCUAGGUCUCUCCUGUGGUUGGCCCAACCCAGCAUGCGGCCUUGAGCCUGGCUUAGGCCACCGCCUACUCCAGCCCUCUACACCCCCUAUUCUACUGCGGCUCAGGGGUUAGGCUCUAGGCUCCAAGGUACCUGAGUAGCAUCUCAUCGCCAAGAAAGUCCCACAGCUCCAGAGGGCCCUGCGAAUCCCUCUGUCAGCUCUCUGAGAAGACAGCAUGGCUAUUACCCUGCAGCCUAGUGACCUGAUCUUUGAGUUUGCAAGCAACGGGAUGGAUGACAUCCACCAGCUGGAAGACCCCUCAGUGUUCCCAGCUGUGAUCGUGGAACAGGUACCCUACCCCGAGUUACUGCACCUGUACUCAGGACUGGAGCUGGACGACGUUCACAACGGCAUCAUCACAGACCGGACCCUGUGCAUGACGCAGGAUCAGAUCCUGGAAGGCAGUUUUUUGCUGGCAGAUGACAAUGAGGCCACCUCACACACAGUGUCAACCACUGAAGUCUUGCUCAAUGUGGAGUCUCCCAAUGACAUCCUGGAUGAAAAGCAGAUCUUCAGUACCUCCGAAAUGCUUCCAGACUCAGACCCUGCUUCAGCCGCCACUCUGCCCAACUACCUGUUUCCUGCCUCUGAGCCUGAUGCCCUGAACAGGGCGGGUGACACUAGUGACCAGGAGGGGCAUUCUCUGGAGGAGAAGGUCCCCAGAGAGGAAAGUGCCAAGAAGACUGGGAAAUCAAAGAAGAGAAUCCGGAAGGCCAAGGGCAACCGAAGUACCUCACCUGUCACUGACCCCAGCAUCCCCAUACGGAAGAAAUCGAAGGAUGGCAAAGGCAGCACCAUCUAUCUGUGGGAGUUCCUCCUGGCGCUUCUGCAAGACAGAAACACCUGUCCCAAGUACAUCAAGUGGACCCAGCGAGAGAAAGGCAUCUUCAAGCUGGUGGACUCCAAAGCUGUGUCCAAGCUGUGGGGGAAGCAGAAAAACAAGCCUGACAUGAACUAUGAGACAAUGGGGCGGGCACUGAGAUAUUACUACCAAAGAGGCAUCCUGGCCAAAGUGGAAGGGCAGAGGCUGGUGUACCAGUUUAAGGAGAUGCCCAAGGACCUGGUGGUGAUUGAAGAUGAAGACGAGAAAAAUGAAGCCACAGCAGCCCCGCCUCAGGCCUCCAUGGCCUCGACCAGCACCACCAGGCGAGCCAGCUCGAGGGUCUCGUCCAGGGCUGUCCCCCAGGGCAAGGGCGGCUCUUCUUGGGAGAAGCCAAAGGUUCAGCAUGUCGGUCUCCAGCCAUCUGCAAGUCUGGAAUUGGGACUGUCUCUAGACGACGAGACCCCCACUACCUCCACAAUGCUUGUCUCUCCACCAGAGAGUCAGGCCAAACUCACCAAAGCUGUGAGUGCUUCUUCAGUGCCCAGCAACAUCCACCUAGGAAUGGCCCCUACAGGCUCGGCCUUGACCCUACAGACCAUCCCGCUGACCACAGUGCUGACCAACGGGCCUCCCACUAGUUCUGCUGCUUCCACCCAGCUCGUUCUCCAGAGUGUUCCACCUGCCUCGACCUUCAAGGACACCUUCACUUUGCAGGCCUCCUUCCCCCUGAAUACCAGCUUCCAAGACAGCCAGGUGGCAGCCCCAGGGGCUCCGUUGAUUCUCAGUGGCCUCCCCCAACUUCUGGCUGGAACCAACCGUCCGACCAACCCAGUGCCACCCUCGGUCACAGGGGCUGGACCGGCAGGGCCCAGCUCUCAGCCCCCUGGGACUGUCAUUGCUGCCUUCAUCAGGACUUCCGGCACCACAGCAGCCCCUGGGGCCAAGGAGGGGCCGCUCAGGUCCUCCUCUUAUGUGCAGGGCAUGGUGACUGGGGCCCCCAUGGAGGGGCUGCUGGUUCCUGAAGAGACCCUGAGGGAGCUCCUGAGAGAUCAGGCUCAUCUUCAGCCACUUCCAACCCAGGUGGUUUCAAGGGGUUCCCACAAUCCGAGCCUUCUGGGGAACCAGACUUUCUCUCCUCCCGGCCGCCCCACUGUUGGGCUGACCCCAGUGGCUGAACUUGAGCUCUCCUCAGGCUCAGGGUCCCUGCUUAUGGCUGAGCCUAGUGUGACCACAUCUGGGAGCCUGCUGACCAGAUCCCCAACUCCAGCCCCCUUCUCCCCAUUCAACCCUACUUCCCUCAUUAAGAUGGAGCCCCACGACAUAUAAAUGAAAGGGUCAGAAGUGUGACCCGCCAGGAGAAAUUGAGCAGCAUUUUCAUACGGACUGAAUUAAUAGCGCACCUGCCCCUGCAUUUCAGUGGAUUGUCAAUGCACCCGACCCCAGUACCUCAGCCCUGCCUGG